AUGCACACUAAGCGCUGGUUGGAGUGGUAUGGAAAAUCAAUUUGGAAAGUUUCAAGACACAUUGAAAUCUUUAGAACACAUGAGAAUAUAUUGAGUGUGUCUGGUGGUAAAGGAAAUAGUGAGGGAGAUUACCAAUGUAUAGCUUCUGUCAAGAAUAUCUCACUAUCUAAUAAACAAAUAGUUGAUACAAUAUUGGCAUCUCCACCUCGCAAAAUGAAAAGAGCUCGAAUAACUCGAUUCGAUAAAACAACUGAAUAUAUGGUGAGCGCGCGUCAAGGACAAGUCGCUAGAUUGCCCUGUAUCGGGAUUCCCGAUGUUAUUCCAGGCCCACCUGAGCUCUGUUUUGAGAAAGAAGGAACACAGGGAUGUUUUAAAGAACCUAUGGAUGAUGCUUUCAUCACUACAAGCACAGGAAUGCAAAUUACAAAUGUCCAACCUCAGCAUUCGGGUAAUUAUUACUGUGUUGUCAGGAAUGAAUAUACAAAAUCAACUAAAAAGUCCCAAAAACCUGUCAUACUCUUGGUUAUCGUAGGAGAUCAGAACGAUAAUGAUGUCGAUAACAAAGAGAAUGUAGAAAACGAAUUGGAUGAAGAUUUAGAGUACAAGCCGGAAUUGGUAUACCCAUCGCGACCGUCCACUUUUGCAAAACCUCUUGACUAUGAUGUAGUAGCUGGACAAACUGUACUAUUGGAAUGUGUUAUAGCCAAUGCGCAAGUGCAUUGGGUUCGGCACACAAUGCAUUCACAACGAAUAAUUUCUCCAAAUGAAGACUAUCGGUUCCACUUGCUAUGGGGUAACUUGGAGAUAAGACAUUCAAAAUUAGAAGACAGUGGAAUGUAUUCAUGUCAUGGAAUUCCAACCCUCAAUAAUACUAAUACAACAAUGGAUUACGUUUAUCCUAUCGUCUACUACAAUCUCAUAGUUCAUCGCCCCACUAAAGUGCAAAUGCGUUUAACAGAAAAUCCGUUCGAUAACAGUUGGGAGCUGUUCUGCAAUGCCAGUCAUAUGAAAUUUGAGAUCCCAAUGGUUUAUGUGAAUGGAACCAACUUGCUGGAUAUGGUGCCAGCUAUGGGAAUAGCAUUGGAAACAAACUUUUUUUCUAAUCCAAUCACCAUAACUUUAAGACCAAACGAAAGUUUUAGCGGAAGCGUGCAGUGCAUCUCUCGACCAGCGAUGGAUGAAGCAGAAAUUUAUGGAGUAGAUAUGGAUAGGGGGACUUCGCAAAACUUGUUCAUAAGUAGCACAAAAUUGAAUGAGAGGGAUUUGAUUAUAGAAGGACCUCGAAAUAGUACGGUACUUGUUGGAGAUUCCGUCUAUCUGGUAUGCAAUACAACAAGAGUGAAGUCACGUUAUUGGAGAAAAAAUGGUUCAUAUGUACGUGUAUAUGAGAAAGGAGGACGAGCAAGUAUCAUUGGGUCGCAUACUCUGCACAUAAAGAACGUUCAAGCUAGUGAUGAAGGAUGGUAUACAUGCAUUGUCACUGGAGAAGGAAAUUUGGAAAACAGUGCUAAAGCAUACUUGAAAGUCAUAUUAGAGCCAGAGCCUGUUAUCAACAAGACAGAGGAGGAAAUGGUGAUCCCAGCCAACAUUGUAGUUGAGAACUUUGUAGUUUGGAUCGAAAAAAACAAUUCACUCGUUUUCCAAUGGCACUUGAAAGGAACAAAGAGUGAUAUGUCAUUGAUGACUGGUCAGAGAAUUGAGACACAAGUGGAGAGCGAUAAAGAGAAAAACGAUAAUCCAUGGACAGAGUUCAAGUUACUCGGCCCUGAUGUCAGAAAAAUUUCUGUUGAGAGUUUCAACGAGACAAAAAGACAGAGAUUCCGUUUAGCAUUGUUAUUCGAAAAUGGACCAUCUAUCAUAAGUUCGGAAAACCAUCAUGUGACGUUAGAUACACACGCUCUCAAAUCAUUGGCUCUAUGGGUGAGACGAAUGAGUUCGACAGAUGUCCAUAUCAAAUGGAAAAGACAGGCUGUAACGGAGUCUGACAAGGCUCAAAGUUAUAUUCUUAGUUAUUGGUCGACGAAAACAGCCAAAAAUGUGAUAACUCUGCCAGGAAACACAUCAGAAAUAACCCUUAACGAUUUGGAUCCAUUUACUUCAUAUCUCUUUCAAAUGAGGGUUGUUACUAUUUCGGGAUCGAGCAUCUUAAGCCAUCCAUUUGAAAUUGCAAAUACAAGAGUCAAAGAGAAAGAGCAAAGUUGUGGAUUGAUGAGCUGUGAAAGCUUUAUUAGCUUUUUUUCAACAAUUUUAUUUAUCUCCAUCAUUUUAAUUGCCGGUGCUACAUGUUUUAAGAAGAGAACGCGGAAGGCUGUUCCUUCGCAUGCAAUCGAAAAUAGUGAUUGCAAAUUUCUUGAUACCUCAUUCACUAUAUAUCGUGAACAUAGAAUAAAUGAUUCUGUGGAGAAAGAUAGUCAUUCAUUAGCUACAACAUGUCUAGUUCAUGAUGCUGUGGAUCAACAAUUAAUAACUCAGGAUGUAGCCGAUUUCUACUGGUCACAAGACUGCGAUAGUGAAGAAUGA